GUCACUUCGUAUUUCAUCCCCUCUCUCUCUCCUCCCACCCUCUCAACCCAAAACCCCCAAAAAACCCCAACGCAAAACCGAAGAUGAGCUCCCCUUUCAGCAACACCACCACCAGCACCCCAAAUUUCGACAAUCUCCUCCUUCAAUCUCUAAUGGGUCGUCUUCAACUCCGCCAACAACCACCUUCUCUUCAGCAAAACCACCCUCUUCUCUCUCAAUCCUUCGAAGACCUCCUCCUCGACGCCGCUACCAACGGCGGCCGUCUCUCCGACUUCUCUUUCUCCGACGAUGAUGAUGGUGACUUCUCCGAUGGUUGCGACACCAAAACCCAUCUUUCCAAGGAAGAAUCCAAGCUUGAAAAGGAGCUUAUUAAGGUUAUUCUUAGUGGGAAUACGGAGACUUUGAAACCCAAUUCAGGGCAAGCUGUUGCGAUUGGUGAACACCAUGUUUGUGUUGGGUUUCAUGAGGAAAACGGGUCGGAUUAUCGGGUUUGGGAAUGGCAUGGACAUAUUAUGUUGUUUGAUGAGGAGAAUGGGUAUACUCCUGAGUAUAUUUAUGGGAAUUACUUUGAGAGAUUGAUGGGUAAAGGGAAGAGAGAGAGGAAGGAGAAGGAGGUGAUUUUGGAGGAGGAGGAACAAGAGGAGAGUGAACAGAAGGUGGAGAAUUUGGGUUUGAGGGAGUUGAUUGAAGGGGGUGAUUCGCCUGGGAGUCGGAUUCUUCAUCAAAGCCGAAAUGCCGGUUCACCGAGAUGUCUUCAAGAUACAAGUGGAAAAUGAGGUACUAGAGACUCGCACAUCUUCCGAAAUUUUCUUAAAGAAAACCUGGAUUACCUCUUUGUCUAAAUUUUGGUUUUGAUAUCCCAUUGAUUUUGUCACUGCUCGCGAGUGCGUUUUUUAGUUUUGUUUUGAGUCUUUUGGAUGGAGGUAAGGUCUGUAUGUCCAUCGGACUGCAGCAGACUAAUGUAAUUAUUUCCUUUCAAGUAAAGCCAUAUGCCUCCAUUUCCCAUCCAAAAAAGGGUGAGGUUAUAUCACAUAUACUGCUAUUCUAUUUUAGUGACACUAAAUGGUUGAUGGUUAGCCACUAUUAGAUCUAGUGUGGCCGUGUUGGUGCAAGGGGUACAGAUGUACCACCGGUUUUUAAUGAAAACUCUUUUCAUAAGUAAUACUAUUAAUAAAAGAAGAAACAGGUGAAGGCGAUUCUAGAGA